GUCGGCUGCCGGUUACUAAGUAUCGGCCUAUCACAGUCUCAAGGAUUCCAACCCUUUCUCUCGGAUUUCCGGAUUUCUCUCGCUUUGAAAUGACUUACCAACACAACGGCAAGAUGCAGACUCCUCAGAAGAGUUUUGAGUUUGGUCCUCAGACUCCAGUGGAGGAUAACCAGUUCAGAUUUGACAAUCUGAAGCCGGCCGCCCCAACUCCACGAUUCGUGUACAUUUUGACUAUCAUCUCUGCUAUAGGGGGUUUUCUUUUCGGGUAUGAUACGGGGGUGAUAUCAGGAGCUAUGAUUCUAUUGAGGAAUAAGUUUAUCUUGAAUUCGCUCUGGCAAGAGAUGAUAGUUAGUAUGACAAUAGGCGCGGCUGCCAUCUUCGCGUUGUUUGGAGGCUUCCUCAAUGACCGAAUAGGCCGCAAGCCUGUCGUCCUCAUGGCGAGUCUCAUCUACACCGCUGGGGCCCUGUGUCUGGCCUUCACCACCGGCAAGAGUCUCUUGCUUGCUGGCAGGAUUAUCAUCGGCGCAGGGAUAGGUCUGACUUCUAUGACCACGCCCAUGUAUAUAGCAGAGGCCGCACCGUCACAUAUCAGAGGCCGCCUCGUCUCAUGUAACGUGGCGAUGAUUGCAUGUGGACAGUUUGUCGCUAAUGUCGUGGAUGGAAUAUUUAGUUUUAACGAAAAUGGCUGGAGGUACAUGCUUGGCCUCGGUGCCAUCCCGUCAGUGAUCCUCUUCCUCGGGUUCCUCUUCCUCCCGGAGAGUCCGAGAUGGCUUAUCAUCCAAGACAAGGAGGCGCAAGCCCGGGAAGUCUUACAACACAUACGAGGCGAACAAGACAUCGAGGAGGAGUUCGAAUGUAUAAAAACAAACUGCAUGUUGGCGGAGAUAGAGAGAAAGGAAAGAAGUACUCGGGCGCCCAUCAUCUUACAAAUGUUACAGACUCCCUCACUGCGCCGUGCCCUACUCAUCGGGUGCAGUCUGCAGAUGUUCCAACAGUUAGCCGGCAUCAAUACAGUCAUGUACUACAGUGCCACUAUCAUCAAGAUGUCAGGAGUUAAAGAUGAAGUCACCGCCAUUUGGCUCUCAGCGGUUACAUCGGCGGUGAAUUUCCUUUUCACGUUUGUUGGUUUAUAUCUGGUGGAGAAGAUCGGAAGGAGACCGCUGACGCUGGGAAGUUUAAUAGGUGCUAUAAUCAGUCUUAUAUGGUUGGCCGUGGGAUUCCAGUUAGCCGCUCUAAAUUCACCAUCACUACAACUCAAAGAGACAGUUAGUAAAAACUCCCAUUGUAGUCAAUAUAGCACGUGUAACCAAUGUAUGGAAGACUUAUACUGCGGGUACUGUUAUAUGGAUGGAACAGUCACGCCUUAUAACGGGUCCUGUCUGCCGACCAAUUACGACAAUCCCCUCAGCGCCACGGUGGGACGAUGCAACGCCACGGAAUUACCAGGAGCCAUCACUUGGGCGUAUGAAUACUGUCCCACAUCCUACGCCUGGAUGGCCAUGGUUGGCCUCGUACUCUAUCUAGUCUUCUUCGCACCAGGAAUGGGUCCCAUGCCAUGGACGAUCAAUUCUGAGAUCUACCCACUCUGGGCCAGGAGCACAGGCAAUGCUGUCUCCACAUUCACCAACUGGAUCUUCAACCUCAUUGUUUCCAUGACAUUCCUCACUCUCACAGAAUCACUCACAAGAUAUGGCACCUUCUGGCUGUACGCUGCCUUGACGACCCUCGGAUUCAUCGUCCUCGUGCUCCUCCUACCAGAGACCAAGGGCAAGAGCCUCGAGGAAGUGGAAGGUCUGUUUGCACGGCCAUGGUUUGGCACUGGCGCCGUCAAGUUACAGUCCUAUGCGGAGAAGAGUGUGCAGUAUGUCCAUAUACGGGGAUUGAAUCGGGACGGCAGAGAUUCAGAGUUGGACUCACCAGAAUAAUGGAGCCAACAAUUUUGGGCCUACUCAAUGUGGACUUGGAACUGUGGCUAUCAAUUUGUUCACCCAAACUUGUUUCCAUGGUGAACUUUGAUCAAAAUGGUACCAUGGUAAACGAGUUGCUGUAUUGAAUGAUGAUGGUUGCUACGAAAUUGAACUGUUGCCAUGGUGAACUAGUUGCUAUGUUGAACUUUGAUAGUUGGCAUGGUAAACAUGUUACCAUGUGCUAUGGUGAUAGUGUCUUGGCAAGCAUGUUGCCAGUAGCAACAUGUUGCUAUGGUUAUCAUGUGAAGGAAUGUAUAAACAGAACUGUGAUCGAGCCCGGCCUGGAAUCUCCAAUGAUUCAAGGAUGGGGUUGAGCUGAGAGGCUGUGUUUGGUGAGACAACCGAUACGGACUGUGUGGUAUCAGUAUCUAUUCUGAAACACCUCAAGGUCUUGCACACAAACAUACAGAAUAAACUCGAACUGGUAACUUUAUCUUUUCAAAGAGAUGUGGUAGAUGAUAUUAUAAUCAAUAGGCUAAACUAGGAAUAGGUGAAUUAAUAUCUGAAGUAAUUGUAAAGAGAAGAUUAUUUUUCAAACUUUGAUGUGUUUUCCUUCCAUGAUUAAAAUAAAAAAAUCGAUGAAGUCAAUAUUAGUAUGUAGGUCCCUCUGGUGGAGAUGCAUGCCAGACCUGCAGUUGGUAACUAAGCAGCUCUGUAUGAAAUGAAAUGUAGGAGGAAACUGGAGACCCUGGAGGAAAUGUACGCUCUUAAAGAGUCGCCCUCUCUUUCACAUGUUGAUGUGCUCUGAUCAGGAGUCAGACCAACAACCUCAGAGGUGUCAGGCACCGUUUUUAGUGAGGGACAUCUGUCUUACCACUGGAACAACGGUAAGACUCUCCUAGGGACACUGAUUUCUGUUACACCAGGUUCAUUCCAGGCGGCCAAAUAGGGUGUGUGCAAUUAUCAAUCUAGUCAAUUCAUUUUUUGUUAGGCCUGUUUAUUCAACAUAUUUUUCUUCAGAAUGUACUUUUAUUUCUUGGCAUACCCCAAAGGAUGUUUUAUAGGUUAUUGGUGAAAUGAUUAAAGAAUUGAUCUGAUCAGUUGCAGGGGGAAUAGGCCUACACGAUUGAGGAGGCUGCGUUGUCUUCUUGUUCAAUUGUCAAAGAAUGACUCAAAAGUAUAAAAUCCAGGAGCGAGGGUAGGUCUACUAGGGUGAGUGAUGGGAGGGCAACUGAUCACGGAGCGCUUGAAGCCAUAGCCAACGGAGCGUAGGAGAUUAUCAUCCCAUUGUGUAAUAUCAGUUUCAAACUUUUGAUUUACAAUGGCAGAAUUCUGGCAUCGUGCCCCUCUUGAAAUGGCUUUCAGCUGCUAUUUGAAUGCCGUGUCAACAAUUGUGAAAAGUGUGGUAGUAACGUCUUCUCGUUUUGUAGCGAACCAAUGAUUCCGAGUCAGAAUGUUGACUGAGAUAGUUGUAAUGUAGUUUAUGAACUGUUAUGUCAUUCAGAUUUUAUGCUGUUGGAAGGGACCCUGACCUAUUGUAAUUCUACCAAAUAGUCAAUAUGCAACAAGUUUGGGGAUCGGGAAUGCAUUGAUUACUGUGAAAUCAGAUUUGUUGCAACUUUUAAGGUGGUACUCAGCGUUGUUAUGAAAUGCAUUAUCACGACGUGUUGCCUUCGAGAAAAUGCUGACGCCUGCUGGCUGAUUUUGCAGUUACUAUUUGCGAACAGGUUAAA